AAACAUGAAAACGUGAUAAAAUCCUAUUCUGUUGACAAUAUUGUGCUUCAUAUUGUGAAUCUGUAUUCCUAUACUGUUUAUUUACAAAAUAUUGAGAUGUUUGUUAACAUUUAAAAGUGUUUUAAAUGGAAAAUAAAUCUAAAAGAUAAAUAUGGCAACACAAAAUCGCCCCUACCAAGGUUACCCGUAUGUAAAUCCCGUGGUCAUAGAUGUGCCUUCUAUAGACCCUACCACCGCGGGUAGAUGGACUAAUUUACCACGAAGACCUAUCGGAGGAUUGAAUGAUCGACCGGGGACCAGUAGUGAUGUGAAUGAAGUACGAGCCGAAGCAGAUACUAAAGAUUCUUCUGAAUCUAAUAGCAAUGGACCAGAAGAUAAUCCCGUGGUGUACAUUGAUGUACCGGAGAGUGGAGCCAGCAGUGUACUUGAGAGUCCCACAAACAGAAACGAAACAGAGGGAUCCUUUGUACAGGAUACGAUAUUAUACGAUCCCUUUAAGAACAGGAGGAUAGAACUGCGAGUGACGGGUGAUGAAAGUGAUGAUGAGAAUUCCAGACAACCAACUAGUUCAUCUAGAGGUGAACAGUCCUCCAGACCUCAACCACCCAAUACCCUACAAAUUUCAUCACCUGGCAGUAGCUCAGGUUAUACAUCAUCACCAACAUUUGGGUCAUCAACUAAUCCUAACCUACCAGGUCUAAUGUCUAAAGAAGCAGGGUACUACGGCCGGCAGACACCUGACGACAUGUUUCCUUUGGGACCUAUACCAGUGUCCGAGUUCCCGGAACCACCACCCGCAUAUACUGAAUUCGACCGAGUAAACCAAACUGAAAGUGUAACUGAAACAACGCCACCUAGGACGGAAGUUGUUACUAUAGUUACAGAUAACAGAACAACUGUACGACCGGGUUCAGAUAGAAAACUCCUUCAAUGCCCACAUUGCAAUCAAAGAGUGCAUUCUCUAGUUGUGAGAGAAGUCGGUGCUUUCACACACAUAUUGGCUAUAAUCUUCUCAUUGUUAUGUCUCAUUCCUAUCGUGAUUUUAAUAUAUUGCACGGAUAGUUGCAAAUACAAGAACCAUUAUUGCCCCAACUGUAACCAACUGAUCGGCUACGAGAUACCUAUUCUCUGUCAACAGAUGGCGUUUGUUUAAAUUAACAAGCGAAAAAUAAUCAAAGGAAACUUUGCCUACAUAAACUCUGUAUUACGUUAUAGUGCGACAAGACUAUAUUAUUCCGAAUCAAGACGUUUUGUAAACAAACAGCAACAGACAGAAUGGUUUAAAUUCUCAUCGGAAAAAACUUAAAACUGUGUGAUAAUUUUUUUAUAGCGUAAUUUGUAGUAACUCAUCAUACCUAUCAAUAUUACUUCACGAGUCAAGGAAUUAAAUUCGCUGCCCACUUAAAAUCGACACCAGUGUUAUUUAGCAUGUAACUUUGUAUGUUGUCAAAUCAACCUAAUAGCAUUGUUAGCUUUACAUACCGAAAUGGGUAGGAAUUUAAUGUCCUAGACUGUAAUAUGUCGUCAUAUAAUAAUUCUUAAGUUACCUGUUAAGUUUAAUUGGUCCUCCAGUCUUUCGUACUUUCAACGCUUGCUCCCAAAACUUCACAGCUUCUGGUAAUAUUG